UACAAGCUUCUCCUUUUACCGAGGAAAAAAAAGAAAAAAACUGAGAAUUCAGAAACCGCAACAAAUCAAGGUUUUUUCAGCUUCCUGCGGUUUUUUUUUCCUGCCAUUUUUCCGCGGAAAUAUUGAAGAAAACGUUUCUGCAUCGAGUUCUUCAUGUCACAAUUUUGAUAUUGGAUUGAGAAAAACUUUGAGCUUAAUACAACAAUGGCAUUGGCUGAUAAUGGAGCUCGCAAAGAGGAAAUUGAGCAAUGUGACGGUAAUAAAGAGAAGGUUGAAGUCCCUCUUGACAUUUCGACGUCUCAAAGGACAUUGCUAAGAGAUGAAAAACCUCAAAGGAAUUUCAACAAUGCCUUCACUGCUAUUCCUGAUAGGAUAAGGUUCCUUAAAUUCGGCUCUGCAUCCGCUAAAUUCAAGCGGAUAGCUGAGCAAAAAGAUGAGGUUUCGCAAACAGUUGCUUAUUCCGGUGGUCAUAGCCUUCGAGAACGUAUUAGCGGAGUAUUUGCUCGGAAAAUUGAUUGGGUUUCACUUAUGAAAAUGUGGAAAGAAUGGAUUAGAGACCCGAUGAACAUGGCUUUGUUCUUGUGGAUCGUUUGCGUCGCUGUUUCGGGCGCACUUCUGUUCCUUGUCAUGACGGGGAUGUUAAACAAGGCAAUACCGAAGAAGUCUCAGAGAGACACAUGGUUUGAAGUCAACAACCAAAUUCUGAAUGCGCUAUUUACUCUUAUGUGUUUGUACCAACAUCCAAAGAGAAUUUACCACCUUGUGCUUCUAUGUAGAUGGGAACCGAAAGACAUUUCUAGACUUAGGAAGAUUUACUGCAAGAAUGGUACUUAUAAGCCUCAUGAAUGGGCUCACAUGAUGGUUGUGGUUCUUCUACUUAAUUUGAACUGUUUUGCUCAAUAUGCGCUUUGCGGUCUGAAUUUGGGUUAUAGGAGAUCUGAACGGCCGGCCUUAGGAGUUGGAAUAUGCGUUUCUCUUGCUAUUGGUGCGCCUGCAAUUUCUGGUUUAUACUUAAUUGUUAGCCCCCUUGGCAAGGAUUAUGAUCCUGUAACAGAUGAGGAAGCGCAGGUUCCUGAUCGUCCAGAAAAGUUGAGGUUGAAGUCAUUUGAGAGAAGAUAUUCGUUUGCAUCAAGGCGUGAACAGCCGAUCAUUGAGGAAAGACCCCAAUGGAGAGGAGGGAUACUAGAUUUUUGGGAGGAUAUUUCUUUAGCAUAUCUCUCCCUCUUUUGUACUUUUUGUGUCUUUGGGUGGAACAUGGAGAGGCUUGGAUUUGGAAACAUGUAUGUUCACAUUGCAACAUUCCUUCUGUUUUGCGUGGCUCCUUUCUGGAUUUUCAUCCUAGCUGCUGUCAACAUUGACAGUGAGACUGUUAGGGAGGCCCUUGGCUUUACUGGGGUAGUUCUAUGUGCAUUUGGUUUGCUUUAUGGUGGCUUUUGGAGGAUCCAAAUGAGGAAGAGAUUCAAUUUGCCCCCUUAUACCUUCUGUUUUGGUCAACCAGCAUUGGGCGACUGCACAUUAUGGCUUUGCUGUUGUUGGUGUUCUCUCGCUCAGGAAAUGCGGACCGGGAAUGCUUAUGACGUUGUAGAAGAUAAGCUUUGCAUAAAACAGAUAAACAAUAGUGACCAGCAACCACUUUCACCUCUGCCCCGCGAAGAUGUUGUGGCUCAGUCCGGAUCUGGCGUGAGUUCGCCGCUGAAAAACAACUCUAGCUCCACCCGGGUCAAUUUCGCUGCUGCUUCAAGUCCCAGCGCAGUUUCAAAGGCAUAUUAUAGUCCAGAGAGAUCACUCCCUACAGUGAAAGAAGAGUCCUGUGAAAAAGGUAACGAUCUAACUAUGAUGGCACCUUCUCCACCAUCAAUACAAAGAGAAACCACAUAGCCCACAUUAGGGAAAGAAACCUUUGUAGCAUUGUUGUUGUAUACUAUGUGAAACUGCGAAUCGGUCGUGAAACUUGAUUUUCUGUUUUGAGUUAUAUAUGCCUUUAUGUUCUUUCAUUUUGAAAAAAUUUUCCCCUUUAAACAGCAGAUUCCAUGUUAUAAUUGAAUUUUUAUUGGUAAAUAUAUGCACACCAGAACUCUGUGUUCUGAUACGUCAUUUGUUCACGGCAAUUUGUCUGAAUAAAAUUUAGGAGGAAUGUAUCUUCUCUUUCUUGCUUUAACAGUAAGGUAUCUUUUCUUUUU